AUCAGUGUAGCCUCAGCAGUGCCACCUGUCAUUGUCCAUCAGUGCCACCUGUCAGUGCUCAUCAGUGCCACGUGCCAGUGCCCAUCAGAGCCACAUCAAUGCCACAUAUCAGUGCCUACCAGUGCACAUCAAUGCCACAUAUCAGUGUCCAUCUGAGCUGCCUUUCAGUGUCACCUAUCAAUGCCAGUCAGUGCCACCUAUCAAUGCCAAUCAGUGCCACCUAUCAGUGCUGUCAAUCAGUGUCACCUAUCAUUGCCAGUCAGUGCCGCCUAUCAGUGCCAUCAGUGCCACCUAUCAGUGCCAGUCAGUGCCACCUAUCAGUGCCACCUAUCAGUGCCGCCUAUCAGUGCUGCCUUUCAGUGCCUGUCAAUGCCCAUCAGUGCCACCUGCCAGUGCCUCCUCAACAGUGCCCAUCAGUGCCACUUAUCAGUGUCCAUCAGUGCAGCCUAUCAGUGCCCAUCACUGCAGCCUCACAUCGGUGAAGGAGAAAAAUCACUUAUUUACAAAAUUGUAUAA